AUGUAUUCGAUGCCCAACGGAGAGCAGGAGCAGGACCCGGAAGGGGAGGCAAGCGGAGGUGAAAGCGGCGAGUGGCAUUCUGAUGGUGAACGGGACGAGGAGAGCGACGACCCGAGUGAUAAAGAAGAGGUCGACUCACCUCCCCGCAGGGAAAGGUGGUCCAAGCUCACCCACGAUCCGGCAAGCGCCCGCGACAAGGCGACCGUUCAGACCGGGCAGUCGUCAAAGCGUCCUCGGACGUCGUCUCCGGCGCCGACUGAAAAGGCCCCGAAUGUCGCUACCUCUGGGACCUCUGCUUACAAAAACAAGAAUGAGGACAUGGAAGAUGCGGUCACCUCGAACCCAGCUCCUCUCAACGUCAUUGACCUCCCCGACGACGAGGAGGACGAGCCACAGAGGCCCUUGGGGAGAAGAAACAGGAAAACGUCCGCUGGGAAGACGCCUCAGUCGACGCCGGUGGCGGAACCGAUUCAGCUCAACUUCGGUCUGGAACUGGCCAAGACAAAUCUGCAGAAGGCCAAGGAUGAAGCUGCUGAAUUUUGCCAAAACUUCGAGGAAGAAACUGGACGAGUUGAGACAAGCUUGGACCCCAUUCAUUCUCCAGUUAGAGACGAGGCUGCCAUGAAUCGCCACUGUGACAUCCAACUGUCCGAUGCGGAAAUCAAUGAAUCCACCAAGAAAUUGCUGAACGAACCUAUGAAGGAAUGCAGCAAAACAGGGCUUGGUCCUUUUAGCACCUUCAACAAGCCGCCAGCUGCUGGCUCUCCAUUUUGGAAGAAGAAACCGCAAGAUAAGCUGGCCCAGCUGGCUCGUAACAAGACUAAAGCCAAGAAGCCUGCCAAGAAGAAGACUAUUGAACCCCUGGGUUCAAAUAUUGACGAUGACCAUGAUGAUGGUGAGACGACGCUGAGGCCAGCCGUGCAGGAGACGCGGAGGGGCCAUGCCAAACCCAGCAAGAAGGCCAAGCUGAAUAAGCCGAUCGACGAUGUCAACCAGUCUGAACCGGAAAAACAACAAUCAAAACCUUCUAACCCGAUUGCUGAAGACACUCUUGAUGAUCCACCACCACAAGACCAUGGAGUCUCCCCAGAUGACAUGGAUGUUGAACCGGCUAUCUCCAAGCCGCCAAGCCCAAUCAAGCCUACCGAGGAAAAUAGUGAUGACGUUGUUGUCACUGGUUUUGGAUUCACCACCCUGGGUCAACCAACCGUCUUAUCUAAGCACAGCGCCAAAGAAGAAAUUUCUGCUGAAGGCAAGUGGAAAGUUGACUCGGAGAGCUACACCCGGUUCAAUUCUCAAGACAUCCACUCUAGCUACUUAAAUCGUCUAUACACCAGCCGUGAUUUUGAGGCCGGCUUAGUAAACCUGAUGAAGGAGCGUUAUGAGGUUGAACUUUCUGAGAAAGACUCGCAGCUCAAUGAUCUUAAGGCCAAUAUAAAGACUCAACAAUCUAAAACAUCCAAGGCCAAGUCAGAAUUGAAGACUGCUUUAGGGAACAUUGAACAACUCAAGUUAAACUUCAACACUAAAAAAGAUGGCUGGGAAAUUGAAAAGGCAGCUCUGUUGAAGAGAGCAGAAGAGGCUGAAGCUAUGCUUAAGUCGGUGACUGAGGAGUUAUCCCACCUAAAGAAAUAG